GGGGGUUGGGCUGGAGGCUGAGCUGGGGGUUGGGGCUGCUUUGGGGUUGGGAACAUUCCUGGAAACACAGUAACUGGAAGUUGACACACAGUGAAGUGAAAGCUGGAACCAGCCUCACAACCAACAGCUUUCACUGGGCACCAGGGGGUGGUCUGUGUAUCACCCACUGCCUCUGUCCCUCUCUCUCUCUCUCUCUCUGUCAUGGACUUUAAUACAUCCACAGUUGGUCCAGGUGAAGGUGACGUUGACGGCACAGAGGAUGAGGAAGGGCCGACGGCGCCACCUGCUGAGAUGCUGGAGGAUCUCGCGGGCUAUGAGGGAACCAUCUCAUUGGGAGAUGGAAACGUGGUUCCUCCACCAGCUCUUCGACUGGGUAAUGAAAGUGAACAGCACGUUCCUCCUCUAGAGUGGAGAAUCCCUACCGUGACUGAAGAUGUAGCCAGACACGCCUUGUACCAGUUUGCUGCCAGUCGCUGCUGUUACCAGACCAGCCCCUCUCAGGACAUGGUCUUUCAAGAUCUAAAACCACUCAACACGUACAGGUAUCAUCUCGAGACCUUCACUGAGGUCAGGUUACCCGAAUGGGUCCAUGUCCCAUUUACUGGUCAGAAGGUUGACAGCAGUGAUUAUGGUUCUCCUCCCCUCCCUUGGGACAUCGCAGUUAAGGCUCCUCCAAUGUUUCAGAACCACACACAUAAAGUCCCAGUUCCUCACACGGCCGGGGUAAAGAAGUGCCACAAGUGCAGGGGCAGAGGAAAAUACAAAUGUGCUAAAUGUUGGGGGAAAGGAAAUAUAAAAUGUGCACCUUGCCGUGGUCAUGGCAUAGUGAGAAAUAAACGGUGCCUUCCUUGUCACGGUACAGGAGUCAUAAGAUGUGGCCCGUGUUUGGGGCGAGGCACAAGGACUUGUCAGGUGUGCAAGGCUAGAGGCUGGUUGUUGUUCUACAUUCAACUGACCGUAAAAUGGGUCAACAAUGCAUUUGAACAAAUCGCUGACCAGGAAGUUGGACUUCCUGUCACUCUCUUCAGCAAAGUGACUGGGCAGAAUAUCUUUGUGGACGAAAGUUACCAGGUCUAUCCUGUUUUGGGUUUCCCAGACCCUCUGAUUGAUCAAGCUUCCUACAAAGGGGUCCAGGAACACCAGCAGAGGUUCGCUGGGAAAACACGGAUUCUACAACAGCGACAGACAAUUGAGCUCAUUCCAGUCACCCAAGUGCACUUCCAGUGGAAAGGACGGACACACGACUACUUUGUGUACGGGACCGAGAACAAAGUGUACGCUCCCCACUACCCUGCCAAAUGCUGCUGCACCAUCUUAUAAACUCACAGCUGCACCAGAACUUCACCACAGUAUAUCCGAGGAGCAAACGUUUCAAGACCAAGAUCAGCUUUUCUUUUAAAUAUAAACUUAAUGUAGCGACUGUGAAGCAACCAGUAUCGUUGUACCUUAUCUAUCGUACACCACUAGUUACAAGGAUAACUACACACCACAGUACCCACAUUAGUAUAUCUGGUUCGGCUCGUGAAUGCACCAGGUUCUGUUAUCAUCCCUGCACUACUCUAUCGACCGUGUAUAAAGGCCACAUUUGAAAACUUUUAAAUUGUCCGAGUUAAAUGAACUUAACGGUUGAGCUGCAGCAAGGUUAGCAUGACAUUAUCACAACGUUCACAAGCCAUGCGAUGACAGCAAAGCUUUUAGUGCGUUUGCUGAAGAUAUUGAUAGAGGAACGACUUAAUGUAAAGAUCAUAUAACACAGUGCAGCAACUCCUAAGGCAAAUUGGUACUUCACCUAUAUCUAGCCCUGGGGACAGAACUAAAUGAAGUGCACAAAUCUAAAGAACAAAGCAUUGAACAAGUCCAUUACUCCCACAGAAUACGAUGCAACACAUCAUCAGCUCUACCCCACCCAUUUCACAAGGAAAAAUACUGCAAUUUACUGUUUUAAAUCCUUUUUCUGUAUCAAAAUGUACAUCCACAAUGAGAGAUUUCCACCUGAAUCAGACCACAAAACCACUCACCUGUAUCUCCAAUCCCUGCUCAACUUCUCCUCUCGUUCUCAGAUGCCUUGUACAAGCCCCCAAACCCACUGUGUGCUUUCCGUAUCCAAUUAAACAGCAACUGUCGGCAAACGAGUCAGCUGUGGGGGUUUAACAACAGCUGAACCUAUUAUUCCCUCACUUUCCAGCAACGGUUAUCGAAUAGUAAUCAGGAGGUGAAACUCUGACUAUUUCAUUCACCUGCCCAGCCCAUGGACUAAUUUAUAGUAUCCAAGCACUGUGCUGCCCUGACUCAGCUCACGUCAGGAUUGAUCCUCGAUCUCUCUGGAGUGUGUUUUCUCAUGAAAAGAGGGUAAGGGGUGACCCGAUAAGAGGUCUUCAAAAUGAUGAAAGGUUUUGAGAGGGUCGACAUAGGGAAGAUGCUUCCACUUGUGGGGGAGACCAAAACCAGGGGCCAUCAAUAUAAAAUAGUCACAAGCAGAUCAAAUAGGGAAGUUAGAAGAAAUGUAUUCACACAGAGAGUGGCGGGAAUGUGGAACAUGUUACCACAAGGAGUUGUUGAGGCAAAUAGCAUAGAUGUAUUCAAGGGGAAGAUGGAGAGGUACGUGAGGGAGAAAGGAAUAGAAGGUGAUGCUUGAAGGCUUAGUUGAGGAAGGGCAGGAGGAGGCUCAGGUGGAGCAUAAACACCGGCACAGACCAGUUGGGCUGAACGGCCUAUUUCCGUGCUGUACAUUCUAAUGUAUAGAUCAGCACAUCAGAUGGUACUUACCCAUUGAAUGAUUGAAAGCCUUCACCUUAUCAAUUGUAACGUAUGGAAUAAAGAGCAAACCUGAGAUACAUGAUCGACACCAAACUCAUAUGAAACUAUAAUCCACAAAUGCUUUCAUCACUCAAGAGAUCAUUGAUCACUAGAUACACAUAUAUAUAUCUAUGCUGGAAACCUGAAAUAAAACUAGAGAAUGCACAGGAGAUCAGUACACAUAGCAGAACUUAAGAGAUGAACGUGAAACACUGUCGAAUUUUUCUUUCAGAUGUGGAGCUAUUUAAAUGGUUGGUAUGAUAUAUUUCCUAUAUAACAAAGUGUCUAUCCUUAAUGGGGAGGGAGAGGGAAAAAACACUGCUGAUAAAGAUCAAACUGCUGCAGAAACUAACAUUUGGACGUUCUUCUUGUUGCGCCACAGGUCACUGUUCAGUGAUUGAGAGGCAGCAGUUACUUAAAACAAGUUCUUGAUGUCAUUGUAUGUAAGACAAGCAGAACUGUACUGAAGUGUGUAAAUAAAAGGCACUCAACCUCAA